UUUGAUAAGAUUUACCAAAUUCAGUGACUUUAUGAAUGCAUCAUGAACACAGAAAAAGACUGUGAUGGAACCGGAAGUGGCCAAUACGACCGUGUUUCAGGAGCUCAACAGCACCAAAGAAUCAGAGAUUUACCUGCCUGCUGCCAUUCCAGUAGGAAUGAUUUUGGGUAUAAUAGUUUGUAUGACUAUCGGUGGAAAUGUUUUAGUAUUAUUAGCGGUUUAUGUGAACUCUCAUCUGAGAAGUACGACCAAUUAUUUUAUAGUAAAUUUAGCUAUCGCUGACUUGUUAUUGGGAACGUGCGUCUUGCCCUUCUCUGCCAGUUUAGAAGUUCUGGAUUUUUGGGCUUUUGGUCAGGUAUUUUGUGAUAUGUGGGCUGCAAUAGAUGUACUAUGCUGCACAGCAUCUAUUAUGAGUCUCUGUGUGAUAAGCAUAGAUCGAUAUAUAGGUGUUACUAGACCGUUACAACAUUCAUCUAUAUUAACUGAAAAACGUGCUUUUUACAUCAUCAUACUUAUAUGGCUUCUUGCCAUAUCCAUAUCAGUGGCUCCUUUAAUUGGAUGGAAGGAACCUCCUGAUCCUAAUCCAAUGAUAUGCAGUGUGACAACUAAUUUAGGGUAUGUUUUAUUCAGUGUUUCAGGAUCUUUUUAUAUACCCUUACUUAUCAUUAUUGUAGUUUAUAUUCGAAUUUACCGCGAGGCUGUGAAAAAUUCCCGCUUUUUAUCCACUGGUGUACGGACGUCUAAAAUUGACGAAUGUGAGGGUGUACAGUUACGGAUUCAUACGGGGCGUUCCAGUGGUCAGCCAGUGUCCCCAGCACCUUACCAAAGCAGUUCUUCCAGUGAACAUUCGGAAGGAUCGGGGCGCAAAUCAGCCUCCAGGAUGACUUUAGCGGGAAAAAUAGCUAAAUUUAAAAGAGAGAAAAAAGCGGCUAAGACAUUAGGAAUAGUUGUCGGUGUUUUUAUAUUGUGUUGGUUUCCCUUUUUCUUCGUUUUACCUCUAGGUUCUCUAUGUCCGGUGUGUGAAAUACCAGAGGAUUUAUUUAAAGUGAUAUUCUGGCUCGGCUACUGUAACUCUCUCAUGAACCCCGUGAUUUAUGCCUGCUCUAGUCGAGAAUUUAAACGAGCCUUUAAACGAAUACUGACAUGUCAAUUCCGCAGACGACCUCGUGCUUUUCUUAAUGAACAGGUUGAGCGAUCUUCAUCUAAUUUAGAUGUUAGUCGAUGUGGUCCGCUAUCAGAAUCGGUGGCGGCGGAAUUAAAAAGACAGUACACGUCGUUAACUACAACUUCAAGUCUAUAUAUGCCCAGAUUAACUCCACUUGAACAGAAUAGUGCCUCUCCGAAUCAGUCUCCACAGCCCUCGCCAGAAUCACCCAUUCAUAGUCUACGAAUGUUUCAGUUAAAACGAAGACUCAAUAAUGAAAGUAUACGUGGCAUUUCACACCAAUAUGAACCCAUCAAGGGCAAUGGCGGCCUGACAAUGUCAAGCAAUAAGGAAUGCGAGAAAUCAAACGGACUAUCCCUAAGUAGCCACACUGACGUCAUAUACAAUGACCAUCAUUUUCAUUCACAAAUGAAUUUAGAUGGAAGUUUCGCAGAUGACGAAGAAUAUGUCAAUUCUGUUAUUGUCAAUAGCAGAAACCACAACAACGGAAACGGGACGCCAUUACGUUCUACCUAUGUACCAGAAAGUUAACCUCUAAAGAUCAUUACAUAUACGGUGUAUUUAGUUUAGUUGAACUACUAUAGAAGCCAUUUUUGUUGCGGAGUAAUACGGAAAUCUUUAUUUCAAUGGGUAAAACAAUGUGCCGUUUGAACAAACGGAUGUGACGCCAACAGUUCAAUAUUUUAUUGAAUUAAAUCAAAUAUCUGUUAGUGUAUAUUUUCUUUUUAAAAAUAUUCUUUAUGAUGGUGAAUGACCUUCACACCUGGCCCAUACAUGAUGGUCACAGGUAUCGCCAAACUUAUUAGCACCUAAUUUUCUACAGUUAAUAACGUGUGACAAUACAUAGAACGUUUUAUUGUUUCGUACUAGUGAUAAAUGAUAUUAUCUUAUUUGUAUUUCACAGGUUGUACUAGGACACAUACUGAAUUAUUCAACCCGCUUAUCACGCGCUAAUAGAAAUUAUCACACGACAAUGUUCCAUCUUGCUCGAGAUUGUAUUCGUACGCCUACUAGAUGGUGGAGCCAU